AUGCUGGUCUCUAUCCAUCUCCCAUUCGGUGUUCACGAUGAGUUCCCGGCGUCGGAAUGGGAAGCCCGCCUCCUGCGAGCCCUGUCGGAAGGACAAACGCAUGCGACAGAUGACGGGACUCCUGUUUCAAAUGCUGCACCCGCAAGGGCAACUUAUACGCCUGCGACAACCACAUCGCCCAGUUCCGAGGGGAUCAAUUCGCAAACCGAGGAGCCGUUCUGUACGUCGGCGACCGAUAAGGCCCUGCCGACGGGGUAUCUAGGGCCCACGAGCUUCGUCGCGACGUUCGAGGAUGAUCGCGAAUUUGUUUCUAGUCCGAGUGAUGUAUUGCGGCAGGAUGGCGCCGAGAGACUCGCCGCGUUGCCUGGCCUGUCGCCAUACUGGGUCCACAAGGCUGGGGAGGUGCUUAACUGUCUAAAAGAUUUCACUACAAUCUCACAGCUCGUCGAAGAGUAUUACAAUAUUAGCCAGGCAGCGGUUAUACCCGCCCCGUUAGUUAUGAACCCGUUGAUCCGCGUCAAAGCCGCGGUCGAGGAGUGGCAGGUCCAUGGGUACCAGACUAGCGACCAGGCGACGACUAUUCUUGCAAACACGGCCCAACCGUUUCAGAUUCCACCCAUGGUGGAGGCGAAUGAAUUCUAUGAGCUAUUUACUGGGUCGAGAUUGCGGUUGGAGAUUGUGGGUGUGAUUUAUGCCAUUGCAGGUCGGACGUCGAUGUUUUCGCUGGCGAGGGACAGAUUGCCAAGUACUAAUUGGCUAGUUGUUCGGGAGAAGUUCGCGAGGAGAAUGAUGGUGGCGAGUGAUAUCAUUCUACAGAUAUGUAGGAUACUCACGCCGGUGAAUGAUUUGACGAUAUGGUUGAUGUAUGAGAAUCUGUUACUGUCUAGCGUGGUGCAUGGGGAUUCAAGCUCCGGGAAAUGGCAUAGACUGGGUGAUUUAUCCAGCCAUAUGUUCGAGCUAGGUAUUCAUCGGGAUCCUCAACAAUUGAGCGACCUCCCUGUAUUCAUUCUAGAAUCGCGUCGACGCAUUUUCGCCGCGGCGUAUCAACUCGACAAAAGCGUCGCCACGUUCCUAGGGCGACCACCGAGAAUAUCGUGGCGACAUUCUGACUGCAGUCUUCCGCUUGAUCUUGCCGACGAUUCCUUGGUUGGGGGUCCGUCGGAGUUCGAGCUUGCCUCGACAUCCAUUGAUAGUAAAGGAUGGAAUGUGCAGAAUGUCAUCCAGCGAGCGUCCUGGAUUCGUGUGCGUUUUCUCAUAAGUACAUUCCGAGAGGAAAUUUUGGAACUUUCUCUACAAGGACCGACUCGUGAGAUGGCAGAUCAGUUAAGGGAUAUUUCCUUCCGUUGCCAUCAAGCAUGGAACUCAUUACCUAGUCAUCUCCAGUAUAACCCAAACUGCUGGGACAGUGUAUUCUCCAUUGAUAUCUGUCUGAUGCUUUCGGUGUGCUACCUGGCCUAUCUUUACAAUGACUUUCUCAUCCAGAGGCUACUUGUCCAGCAAGACCCCGAAGCCCAGACCUCAUUGUUAGACGUGAGCUCGACCAUUCUAUCCACAGUCUUAUCCUUCGGCAUUCAACGUGAACACGUGAUUGAUAUUCAGCGGGACUUUAUCUGGACUGUUCUCUUAUACGGCUUCCCUAGCGCCGGUGUCCUCACAAAAGCCUUACAAAAUCAAGCUCGAACCGGCCUUCCCAUUCCUUACAGUGGCUCGCGAUCCCGUCUUAUUCGUGACCUAAGCGUCUUCAUCUCCCAUCUAGAAACCAUGGCGAGACCGGGAAUUGCGAACCAUGAACUGUUCGCCCGAGCUAGUCGAGUCAUGUCGAGUAUCAUCGACGACAUCUUAGAGGCGAGAGAGAUUGUUCCGUCGAAUGCACCAGACCCGGAGACUAUGCCGUCCGUUCUCGACGGGUUCGAUAUCUCCGAUGAUCUGAAAGUGCUGGAUAGCGUGGACUUUGGGGCGGUGUUUGAUCAAUGGAUAUUCUAG